GUGACGAGGAGAUAGUUGUUGCUAUUCAGCUGCGCUGUCACCAGGGAAGUUCUGCCGGACGAGAUAUUUCAACUAUCACCAUUCAGAAAACUACGCAGUUAUAUAUAGCAUUAAUCUAGUGUCACGUUGUAAAGCUUUCUUCUGACAACAGCAAAAACUUUCCGAAACGAUGGCGCUCAGCGAUGCGGACGUGCAGAAACAGAUCAAGCACAUGAUGGCCUUCAUAGAACAGGAGGCCAGUGAGAAAGCGGAAGAGGUUGAGGCCAAGGCAGAGGAGGAGUUCAACAUAGAGAAAGGCCGUCUGGUUCAGACCCAGAGGCUGAAGAUCAUGGAGUAUUACGCCAAGAAAGACAAGCAGAUCGACCAGCAUAAGAAAAUUCAGAUGUCCAACCUGCUGAACCAGGCCAGGCUGAAGGUGCUGAAGACUAGAGACGACAUGAUCUCUGAUCUUCUGACUGAGGCUCGCCAGCGGCUGUCCCAGAUCGCCAAGGACCCAGAAAGAUACGCUGUUCUGCUGGAGGGGCUGAUCAUGCAGGGAUUCUACCAGCUGUUGGAGCCCAAAGUGACCAUUCGCUGCCGUCAGCAGGACGUUUCCAUUGUGCAGGCUGCUGUUGACAAGGACAUCCCAGUCUACAAAGAAAUGGUGAAGAGCAACAUCGUGGUCCGCAUCGACGAGCAGCGGUUCCUCCCCUCCGACAUCUCUGGAGGGGUGGAGUUAUACAAUGACAAUGGGAAGAUCAAGGUGUCCAACACUCUGGAGAGCAGGCUGGAUCUCAUCGCAUACCAGAUGAUGCCGGAGAUCCGGGUGGAGUUGUUUGGUGUCAACCCCAAUCGCAGGUUCCUGGACUAGUGAGCCAGCCCUGCCUUCACACUCAAACCCACGGAGGAGGAGGAAGAGGAGCAGGAGGAAGAGCCCUGAGAAUACCGGCCAAUCACGGACGUCCCCGUUGUGAUUGAAACUGAAUUUAACUUGGCACCUUCUUUAGUUUGAAAGUGCCUUCGUGGAGGACUCCUGUGUUCAUGUCUGUGUUCAUGUCUGCAGUAAGUCAGUCAGUCACCUCUGGUAUCGUAGCCACCUCAUGGAGCCCGUUCCGUGGAUGAACCAGAUGGUUGGUCUUGUUUGUUUGUUUACUGGAUGAA